AGCCGCACUGGCUUCUGCGAGUGCGACGGUCGUUGGCCAAAGUUUUCUUUACUCCUUUGUUUCCUGAUUCUGUUUCUUGUGUCUCGAACUGCGCCGCACCGUGGCACCUGUUUGCCGGAGUGGGCGACGGAGCCGUCCUUGGGCAGGGCGGUGUGUCCGCCGUGGCAGCCCGGUUAUCGGUGUGGCGGAGGUGUGGGCGAGGACUUCUCAUGCGCGUCGCACAGGCACGUCGGUGCACCUGUGCUUGACUUCAUUUUCGCGGCUUGCGGAGCGAGCGUUGCGUCUCUCACGACCGGCUGCUCGUCUGCGCUGGGGCGCUGGCUUCCCGUGCGCGUGUGUUGGCCCUCCGCCCCCCUCUUGUUUUCGAGACUUUUUAUUUCUAUUUCUAUUUCUAUAUGGUUCCACACGUAGGUUCCUUCUCCCUUCCGAAUUUCUCACUGCCGACACGACGCCCGUCGGCGCACUCCGCUGCGCCUGUGCCUUGUGUCCCUCGACCGUGCUGUGCCGUCGGAGCCGCGACGGCAUCACGAGCGUGUCGCGGUGCGGCGUGGUGUGGAUGGAGGGUGCCGCUGGCUGCCCUCUCUGCACCAUCCACGGUGCGCCGUUUGUGGCGACGAGGCUCGAAGGGAUGAUGGUGUGCUGGGCGGGUUUCCCUGCGCUGGAUGCCGGGUGCGCUCGCGUUUUGAAUGAUGGCGCCGUUCACUCUCCUCUCCUCUCUUUCCUUCCUUCCUUCCUUUCUCUCUUCUCUCCGCUGUAACAUGAAGCGGACCGUCCCACCUUAGGACGCGAAGGUGCGUUUGCGCGAUGCUUCUGCGGUUUCCCGUGCACCCCCAGCCCCCUCCUUCCGCCGCACCCGAAUUGCGCUCCCGGUUUCCGUCCUUUGCUGUUCUGCGGGGCGUGGGGUGUAUCGGGUGGUCGAAGCCGCGCGCGGGGAGGUGGAAGGAAGGAAGUGCCCAACGGCCCUUUGGCAAAGUGGUGAUGCACGGCUUUCGUGUCCGGGGCUCCGUGGUGGGCUUGGCCCCGGGCACUCGCGGGGCGGUGUGGGCAGUGUGCUGGGCAACGAUGUCUUGUCGAUGUUUCUGUGCGUCCGGCGGCUCCCUCGUGCGACUCCGCACCUCUCUGCUGCUGACGCACCUGGAGAGGACUGAGCGGUACUGA